GCGGUUGUUUCAAGAUACAAAAAAUAUUUUUAAAAUGCGCGCGUAAUUUUCUAAAACAACACGGUAUUAGGAUUCUUGUCCUGUUCCUGCUGCCUUAAGAUGGCGAUACUAAGUGCACUCUUACUUCUGACAGUAACUUACUCUGAUCUAGUCGUCGGCACACCGCAGAUGCACCAUGUCAAGCGAUCACUUGACAACUCGAAGCACAUCACACAAACUAUUAUUAAACAUGACAUUGAAAAAAUGGUACCAAUACCUCUCCACACUGUCGUCAUCGAGCCUGCAAGGAAACAAAAGUCACAAAAUCUACCUAUAUCCAUUUCCAUUCCUCAUCAGUUACUAGUACCCAACUUACACGUCAUACGGAUCUCUAACGUCCACCAGGUCCAUGGGAACGCGCACCAUGACGGGCCCACCGUCAUAUCACAUACGGUAUCCCACGGAUCUCCAAACGUCACGCAUCAGUUGGUGCCGGUGUUGAUACCUAUUCACAACCAUCUAGUACCGGUCCACGAUUUGACUGUAAUACCUCUACAUAGUGUUGUGCACAAGAAUACAAAGAUCGGUUUCAAAAUAACCGAAAACCAUGUUCCUGAUGAAUCCAUUAAUAGUUACCGGAACCCGCUCGGUGGGUACGGCGCGGGCUGGUACUUUGGCGGCCACGGCGCUGGACAUGGCUUCCAUUACUCUUAUGGAUAGUUAAAUAUUAACCACUUUAUUAUUUAUUUUU